GGCCUCAGUGACAGUGUCAACAUCCCACUCCUCGGUCUGGCCAGCAGCGAUCUUUGCAGUGACGUCACGAUGCUGUGGACGACAGUCUGCACCAUCCUGGUAUCGGCCGAUGUGCCGCCGCUUUUGUUUGACCCGCUUGGCCUGUACGUCCUGACCGGAGUUGUGCCCAGGAUCAUCUUCAACCGCGCCAGCUGCUGGUUGACCGCCCUCAUCUCACUGCAGCGCUGCCUGUGUGUGACCUUGCCCUUUAGGGUCAAGGACGUGUUCACACCGAGGCGAACGCUCUCGCUCACGCUGGGGACGAUCGCCCUUACAUUUUCUAUCCACAUGACCAUCUACAUAAGUCGAUAUUUUUCGCUCUCUUUUGAACCGAAGCUCAACCUCACCCAUUACGUCAUAACUGUAGCGGAGGAAGCCUUAGAACUGUCGGCAUUUAGACUGAUUUUCCUCUUCAUGUUCCUGCCGCUGGUCAACUUUUUCACCAUUAUCGUCUGCUCGGCACUGCUGGUUUACAGUUUAACACUUUCGACGGUCUGGAGAAAAUCCAACGCCACUUCGAGGAAGACCCAAACGCAUUCCAGCACCGCGGCAAAUGACGGAGAGUCAAGAACCGCCGACAUGAUGACGGACGCCCGAUCCCAAACACAGAACAAGAACGUCACCAAGGAAACCAGACUGACGCGAAUGAUAACGGCGAUGACGGUCGUGGCUGUCGUAUGCAACACACCCAGCAACGUCUUGCUUGUGGCAUCCAGCCUGGCACCGGGAUUCACCGAGGUCGGUGAGUACAGCGCCUUGUUCCGAACCAUUUACUCUUUCGCAGUUCUGCUGGAAACUGUCAACGCCACGGCAACGUUCUUUGUGUACUUUUCAAUGAGUUCCAGAUUCAAGGUGGAGUUUUGGGGUUUGGUAUCAAGAUCUUGA